AUGAAGGUAACCCUCAGCUUCGUAGUUCCAUUACCAUUUGUCGACCCCACGAACAAACCUACCUUCCUCAAUUCGCGCGAAAUCGCUCUCAAGCGGUUCACGUCGUUGGAACGCAAAUUGAAUUCCAACCCCGAGUUUAAAAGGGCGUAUGUGGAAUUCAUGAAUGACUAUGAGUCUCGAGGUCACUUGGAGGAAGUGGAACCUCCUUCAACAAGUGAAGGCCACUUCUAUUACAUACCUCACCAUGGUAUUCUGCGUGACUCCGUCACCACUCCUCUUCGCGUAGUUUUCGACGCAAGCGCUAAGGACGCCAACGAGACGUCCUUAAACGCUACUCUUCUCGCUGGGCCCAAGCUUCAGACCAACAUCUUCGAUCUGCUCACACGCUUUCGCUGGCAUGCCGUCGUCUUCACAGGUGACGUGAAACAGAUGUACAGGCAGAUUCUGGUUCCUGAAGAGGACGCUGAAUUUCAGCGCAUCUUGUGGCGGCCCUCUGCUGUCGGUCCUGUGCGCGACUAUCGUCUUAAAACGGUCACUUACGGGGUUUCUGCUGCGCCAUUCCAGGCUCUUCGUACAAUGGCUCAACUUGCCAGUGAUUCUGCAGCCAGCUACCCAGGUGGUUCAACCGUACUCGCUCGUGACAUCUACGUCGACGACGUCGUCACCGGAGCGGAUUCUGUCGAGCAGGCGCGUUCGCUUCAGGCGGAACUUACGAAAAUACUGUCGUCGCGGGGUUUUCAUCUCAGGAAGUGGACCUCCAAUAGUAGUGAGUUCCUGGAGAGCCUACCGUCUUCCGAUCUAUACUCGGAAGACUUUAAACAUUUCGAAGAAAUGACUGACAUUUCUCUAAAGAUAUUGGGCUUGCUAUGGCAACCUCAAUCUGACUCCUUUCGUUUUCGUGUAGCAUCUACACCUAAUGGUCGGUGCACGAAGCGCACCAUUCUGUCAGAGAUAGCUAGAAUCUUCGAUCCAUUGGGUUUCCUCUCGCCUGUAACAUUUCUCGCCAAGUAUCUGAUGCAGUUGCUUUGGGUUUCGGGCGUUUCCUGGGAUGGAGAUGUCCCGGAAAGCAUCAGGCUGGAAUGGCAGGAAUUCAAAACUCAACUCUCGUCGCUGAGUGCUAACGUGGCUUCUGUGCCGUAA